UCAGCCGAAAAGUAGACAGCAGCCAUCUUGGUAUGUCCAGGGAGUGAACAGUUAGAAAACAUUGGUGUUAAAUUUGUGCUCUUUAAAAAAAUCACCUCGUAAUUAGGGUCCUUAAAUUUGCAGUUCGUGAGCCUUAUGGCGUGUCUAAAUACUUUAAAGCAGGAAAUAAGAACAUUAGAGGGCUUCUUUUCGAAAAAUCAUGAACGAUUUCAGAUCGUGUCCGCGAGUGUCGACGAGCUCAGUUGUAGAUUUAUAGGAAAAAACGGUAAAAAAUACGAAAUCCACGCGAAUAUUACGGAAACGUACCCGUCAGUGCCCCCCGUGUGGUUCGCAGAUUCCGAAGAAACUAGUAUUACAAAUGCUGUGCAGAUAUUAAGUAACACGGAAGGCUUAGACAACCACGUCCUCCACCAAGUCUCGAUACUUCUUAGGGAACUAUGCCGCUUACAUGCCGUCCCUGAGCCCCCCGACUUAGAUAGACUACAUAUUCCAGAUCCACAAACAACAAAUCGGAUAAGCGCCGGCGAUGAGCUGAUGGAGGAUGAAGGCCUCGACAGCGACGGCGAGGCCGACAUUGCCGACAGUGACGCAGAAGAGGACAGCGACGCUGAUGAGGACCUGGCCAUGGAGAUGGACGACAGCCGACCAAAAGCAGACGAGAUGGGUGUUGAACAUUUGGCCACUUUAGAACGCUUAAGACAAAACCAAAGGCAAGAAUAUUUAAAGGGAUCUGUGUCAGGCUCCGUGCAAGCGACAGAUCGCCUCAUGAAAGAACUUAGGGAUAUAUACAGAUCUGAAUCAUUUAAAAACAAAAUGUACCAGAUCGAACUCGUCAACGAGUCGCUGUACGAAUGGAAUAUCCGUCUGAUGGCCGUAGACCCUGACAGUCCCUUAAGUCACGAUCUACAAAUGUUGAAGGAAAAAGAAGGCAAAGACGCCAUUUUACUCAACAUGCUCUUCAAAGAUACUUAUCCGUUUGAACCGCCAUUCGUGCGAGUAGUUCAUCCCAUAAUCUCAGGAGGUUACGUGUUAGUAGGAGGUGCGAUAUGCAUGGAAUUGUUAACGAAACAAGGCUGGUCGAGUGCAUACACCGUCGAAGCCGUAAUUAUGCAGAUCUCAGCCACACUAGUUAAAGGGAAAGCGCGGAUCCAAUUCGGAACACCAAAAGUUUGCUCCCAAGGACAAUACAGCCUUGCGCGUGCCCAGCAAAGUUUUAAAUCACUUGUACAAAUUCACGAAAAGAACGGUUGGUUCACGCCCCCGAAGGAAGAUGGUUAAUUCAAGACUGUGCCAAUAUAUAUUUAUCCUUCUCAUUUAAGAUAAUGUACCCACACAUCAUUGAUGCCUGUUUUGUUAUUUUUAACGAACUUCAAAUCUUAUAUCUUAGUGCCUACACAUUCUUUUUUCUCUUAAUCAAAAGUCGUUACAUCAUUUUCAUUCCAAAUUGUGUUGUACAUUUAGGAAAACGAUAAAAUGUGUAGAGUUGUAAAUUGGUCCGUAAUGUAAUUUUACCUUUUUUUGAUUGGAUUAUUUUGGUGUAAUGAGUGAUUGUUUGUUGGGAACUGUGAUGUUUUUCAUUCAUGCUGUUUUCUCUCAUUUACGAAUGUAAUUGUUAAUGUGCAAUUGCCGAUUUUUGCGUUACACACAAAUCAGAAAGUACAUUUCACGAAAAGGGUUAACGCCACGUAAAUUGUAUAAAGUGCAUACAUGAUUUUUGUUAUUGACUUGGAUUAAAGCAUGAUUACUGAAUGUGAUGAGACUCAACUGAAAGGUCAUUGGAACAAAAACGUUUUCUAAGUUUUUCACAUAGUACUAAGGUUUUAUCUUACCCAUU